AUGUCGAUCACAAGCACGGCCGCCGCCGCUCAGGCUCAGGCGGUUAAGAAGUGCUGCUCUGCACGACCUCUCUUGAAGAAGUUCGGUCCCGGACCGAAUGGGAAGCCGGUCACCGUCGACGUUGGUCAGUGUGCUGGUUCUUGCACGAGUUCGCAGUUUUAUUGGGACUCUAAACCAAUCGGUGGCGACGACCGGUACACUGGACAGGAACCGUCGUCGCCUAGCCCGUUGUUUCUCGCCAGUUCGUACUUGACCGGUCGACCGCUCAAUUUGUUCUUCGACUCGACGCCCAUUCCGAUCGACCGCAUAUUUGGUCACACGAUCAAAUUACCGUUUAACUGUCGAGACGUAACUCGCAUUAAACUCAAGUUUUGCCUCAAUGCGUCGAGGAGUUCUCUGACGACUACGGAUCACAUCGCAAUCUGGGACCCCCAACCGGGCAACGACCUGGCUUUAUGGGCGCCGCGCUUGACGACACUGUACGGUCAAUGGAAUCCGAACGACAACGGCUGCCUCGAGCAAACGUUUUCGGCCGGUGACUUGACGGGGGUUGUUGAAUACGUCAACACGUACAGAGAGCUGAACGUUGGCGUGGACGACGAUACCGGCGUGAACUACCUUCAAUUGCAAGUAUGGUACGACAGAUUGCCGAAAGUCUGUCAACCUGCCAAGACGACAAAGGUGAAGGUCGCUCUUGCAACGGGAGUGCAAACCGUCGACAAGAUAUUGGAGUGCGAGUGUUCUACGAGCAAGGUCGGACCGUGCAGUCGCAAGCCAAAGCCCAAAUUGGAGGUCUUCUUUCACAACUCCGUUUUCGAACAGACCGUCGACGUCGGACGGUGCGUCGGCCAUUGCAGCUUCGUUUUUGUACCGUGGUGGCCAGCAGAGAAAUCGUACGACGUCGUCGUCUUGGCUACCGAUCCUACAAAUGCCACAAGGAAAAUAAACCAAACAAUACUCGCUCCACAGAGAGACCUGAAGUGUCAGCCGUACAGAACAAAAGAAGUGACCAUCCGUGGACCGAACGGACCAAUCUGCGUCGAGAUGAUUGACGAAUGCCGAUGCAACGACAACUGCUAUAAAAUGGCUCACUUUCAAGAGUUCGUUGAAGUAAUUCGACUAAACAACCAACUCACCGCAGAACGACGUCGGAUUUUCAACAUCGGCAAGUGUGUCGGCGCGUGUAGCAAUGACGGGCGAGACGAUGGCGUCAUGUAUCUGGAUGACGACUGUCCUUUCAAGUGCAUCCCCACACGAUACAUCAAUCACAAACCGUUCUUGCUACGCGACGGUACCUUCAAGACGGUGUCCGAAAUCAGUGAUUGCGAUUGUUCACAAGUUGGCAGAUAGGAAGGCAAUGAGUUGCGGUCAGAACGGCUACACUGAAGUCCUAGACCGUGUUAGAUAUUAAAGUGGAGACUUAACCUCUUAUAUCUUCCCUGUAUUGUCAUUUUAAUUGCACUUACAAACUUGAAGUGUUGUGUCUACUGAGCAUGCGCAUAGCUUGAAGUACUGGUAGACAUGUGUGGCUUUAGUUUGUGCUGUACGAUAUCGAUGUCUUUUUUCUCAAAAUUGAUAAUACAUCCUUACGUGUUUCUUGUCAA